AAGGAAGUUUGUCCCUAGCGGCGACCCGUCCUGGCGUCUGCCUGUAGCAAGAUGGCGGCGGUCUCAAUGUCAGCGGCUUUCAGGCAAGCGAUAUGGGGGAGAAGGGCAACGGCUCACGCUGCCCUUUCUGCUUCCCGGGUCCCGACCAGGUUUUUGAGCACUUCAACAUGGAAGAUGACACCGGAUCAAGCUCGAGAGAAGCAACUCAUAACAGUUGAUGAAAAAUUGGAUAUCACAACUUUAACUGGUGUUCCAGAAGAACAUAUCAAAACUAGAAAAGUCCGGAUCUUUGUUCCUGCUCGCAAUAACAUGCAGUCUGGAGUAAACAACACAAAGAAAUGGAAGAUGGAGUUUGAUACCAGGGAGCGAUGGGAAAAUCCUUUGAUGGGUUGGGCGUCAACAGCUGAUCCCUUGUCCAAUAUGGUUUUAACCUUCACUACUAAAGAUGAUGCCAUUGCCUUUGCUGAGAAAAAUGGAUGGCGCUAUGACGUUGAAGAGAGGAAGGUUCCGAAACCCAAGUCCAAGUCUUAUGGCGCAAACUUUUCUUGGAACAAAAGAACAAGAGUCUCCACAAAGUAGAUUGGCACUGACUAUAUCUCUGUGCUCAACUGUGAAUAGAGUCAGCUGUGCAGUAUUUAUAGUCUGUGUAUAACACAUCUCUCUCAAUUUCCUAAUAAAUUUGACCUUUCAACUACAAAUAAUUUUUGUGUUGUCUUUAAAAACUUUUUAAUAUCUCAAAUUCAACAUGUUACAGUUUCCUAUAGAGAGAAAUUUGAAAUGACCAUACCUCUAGGAAAUUUCCAGUACUUGGAACCUAUUGAAAAGAAUGCUAAAAGUCAGCCACGGCAUUGAAGUUCUAUAUCUUUCCUUGGUGCCAAGGAUUGAACCCAGAGUCUCAUAUAUGAGGGCAGGUGUUCUAUCACUGAGCUAUAGCUCUGGCCCUGAAAUUUUAUAUUCUUUAUAGUCAUUUUUAAAUUAAUAGUGUUAAUGUACUAUCAUUUCAGUGAGUUUCUUUUGUUCUCAGUGGAAAAACUCAUAAUUACACUGUAGUCUAAACCCAAACCUUCUUUGUAAUCAAAGUUCUCUUCUUUAAUUAGAACUUUAUAUUCUCUAGAUUUCUCUGAGCCUGCAAUGAAUUUUGUUUCUGUGAGGGCUUAAGAAUAAGGUUGCAUAUUCUUUUGAACUGGAUGACUCCAAAAGUUAAAAUCAGGUCAUUGUUGAUUUUUGUAUUUACUUUUUUUGUUUGUGUGUGUGUGUUCUGGGAUCACAUCUAGCUGUUCUCAAGGUUUACUCCUGGCUUUGUGCUCAGGAAUCACUUCUGGCAGUGCUGAAGAUCAAAUGAGGUUGACUGAGUGCAAGGCAAAUACUUUAGUCCCCAUACUACCUCCCUGGUUCCUAUUUUAAAAAUAAAUACAUGAUUCUGUUAUAUUAAUCAUUUGGGUCAUAUGGUAUGUUGUCAAGAACAUAGUCUUGUCAGGCUCUUCUGUAAACACUUUGUAUACUAGCUUUCAUAAUAAUCCUAUUGGGUAGACACUAUUAUUUCUCUAAUUUCACAAAAACAUAAUUCAAGUCCUAGAAGGACUAAAUAAUCACUCAACAUCUCACUGGUUUUAAAUGUUAAAGCUGGAAGUAGCACCUAUAUUUGUUUGUCUUCAAAGUCCAUACUCUUAAUUACUUUGGUUAUAAUGAAAGAUGAUUGAUUAAUGGCAGAUGCUCUCUUUAAAUUGUGAAUAUGUAUUCUUUGAUGUUUCAAAAGUUAUGUACUAAAUAUACAGUCUCAAUUAUAUUUCAUAAAAACACUAAUAGCUCUCUGACCUAGCCCAAUAAAAGAAAACACAUCAAAGUAUAAAUUUGUCUAAUCUUGUAGAGCCUAUUAGCCAUCAUUUCAAAAUGUUAACUGUAUAUUUAAUUCUGAAAAUGCCCUUUUGGAGGUUGGAGAGAGUAAAAAGGUUAGACACUUGCAUGUGGUCAACCCCAUUUAGAUCCCUGGCAGUACAUAACUGCCCCACUGCAAGUACCACCUGAUGUUACCCCUUCCCCCCACACAAACAAAAAAUAGAUAAUAAAAAGUCUUCUGGAAAACUGCCUACUUAUAUGCACAUGUAAGAAUAAGUAUGGAAAGAUACUACAGAACCGUUUUUAAUGACUGAUAAGUUGAAACAAUCUAAAUGUCUAUUAAAGGGGGAAUGAGGUAAAUGUAGCAUUUACAGCUAUUGUGAAGAAAAUAUUUGUAUAAGCUAUUCAGAGUGAUGUUCAAAAUAUAUUGCUAAAGGAGAGCAGGGAAGGGACAGGAAAAAAAGAAAAUGCCAGAGUGGAUAGCAGAUGCUUACAUACCUCCUGAUGAUUUGGUCAACAAGCAUAAAAUAAUUUAUUCUGAGGCCCAGUAAUACUUGGGCAUCACUUGGAGUGACAAAAAUGUUUUUCCAACUUUGAUUAUCGUUCAUCUUAUCCUUCGUGCUAUUAAAGAUUUUUUAGUCCUCAGGCUGGGAGAGAGCAUGCCUAGCAUGUGCCCAACCCUGAUCAAUUCCUGGAACCAUGUGGUCCCCCAGGUUAGCUUCAGGCCCUUGCAUUAAAUGGUUGACCAAGUUGGCUGAGAAUUGCCAGUGUCACUCCUGAGCUUUCUGGGUACCGCUUCAGAGGUCCUCAGGUAAGUUAAUUAGUGCUACCAUUUGGAUUGUAGAUAAUAAGCUAUUGCCUUUAUUGGCUGAAUCUGAACCCCAGGUUUAAGUUACCUGGCUUCAAAUUAUUAACUGUAGUGGCUAAAAAAAAAAAAAAUCAUUUAGCCAAACAAGACUGAGAAGUCAACUAAAGUCAACCAAAAGUCUUUACUCUCAAGUUAUUUGUAGUCAUUGGAAGGCAACUUCAGUACUGCCUGCUAGUUAGUAAUUUCGUAUAAGACAGUCACUACUUGCGUCUGCCUGAAUUCUAGUUCAACCUACAUUGGUGAUCUCUAUAAAGUUAAUUACAUCUCUCAAGUCUUUAAUUUCCUCUCCAAAACCAAGGGUAUCUACUUCAUGUUAAAGAGUAAAUGAUACACUCAAAGUGAGUAUUUAUUGAGCACUUACUGUGUAAUGUGCAGAGCACUGUGUAAUGCAUUGUGUGGGAGUUCUCGCUCUUUUAGGAAAAUGUCCUUGAGCACUCCAACUGAUGGACUUGUUCUUAAAAAUAAUUAGUAGGAAGAUUUGGUCUUUGUGCUGCUUUAUACUUUGAUUUACAUUUUAUAAUAACUUCUAUAAAAUGUGCUCUGACUAUAAAAGUGAUUGUACAAUACUAACAUCAAAAAUUAGGAAUUGAGUUUCUGUAUAACCCAGCAAUUCCACUUCUUGUCAUCUACCCCAAGACCUAAAAACUAUUCAGAAAAGACAUUUGCACCCUAUGUUUGUUGCAGCAGUAUUUUCAGUAGCCAAAACCUGAAACAACUCAAGAGUGUACAGCUGAUGGAAUAAAGAAACUAUGGUACAUAUACAUAAUGAAAUGCUACUUGGCUAUUAAGAAAAAACUUGAAAUCCUGCAAUUUGCUGCAUCAUGGUUGGAUCUAGAGAGUAUCUUGUUUAGUAAAGUUAGGAGAGGGACAGACAUAAUGAUCUCUCAUAUGUAGGAUAUAAAGAAACAUAGUAGGGGAAUAACAAAAACCAGAAGGCAACAGAAAGUUGAAAGUAGAAAGCUUGGGGACACUCAAGGCACAUUUGGAGGGUGGGUGUGGUAUAAUGCUGUAUGUAUGAGACCUACCAAUAACAUUUUUUUAAAGCCACAAUAUCUAAAAAAGAAGUUAAAAAUAAAAGAUAAAGAACUGUG